AUGGAAAUUUCAAGUAUCCGUAGAGAAAUAAGGUCAGUACUCUCUGUAGAACAGUUUAAUAUUGACAUCGAAUACACCGCAGGUACCGAAAGUCAAUCUCCAACAGCAGAGCUUAUUGACGUAGAUACGUUAUUUAUCAGUAAUCUUAGGUUAUACGAAAACAUGGAUAUUUCCAUACGGCCUAGGCUUCCGAAGUUGAUAGAAAAGGGCCAAUCGAGAAAACUAAUGGGACAAGUCAACGAUUACCUGAACAAGCACCUACAAAAUGAAGAAGAUUUCACUGAGAUCCAUACAAGUGUCUACGUUGCUGCUGCUACAGUUCUUACGUUAAAUGACCAAACCAUUCAUGUUAACACUUUGAAUGCGUUCAACCGCCUGGAAAACUAGAUUGGAGAAGGAUAUAGAUGGCAUAAG